GACUGUCUCCCGGCCAAAUGAAGUAGCGGCUGUGAGCUGCUACCCAAGGUAUCCUCCAGAGCAGUAGCGGAGGGAGGAGGUAGCAGCUACCCACCGCCGCUACCAGUAGCCAGGCAAGCCGGCCGGCUUCCACGUCGGUGCUUGCAGCUGCUGAGCGUGCUCUCCGGCUUUUCCACACCCCAACUCUUUGGAAAGAGUCCGGGGGAGGGGGGCGACUUGGUGCGCCCCCUUGCCAGCCCGCCCGCCCGCCCUUCUCCGCCUCCCGCAUCCCUGCCGGGACAAAGCCAUGAAGCAGGCGCUGCUGGAAGUAAUGAGGAUGAACAGGAUUUGCCGGAUGAUUCUGGUCACUUGCUUGGGAUCCUUCGCCCUGGUCAUCUUCUAUUUCCAAAGUAUGUUGCAUCCAGUAAUACGCAGGAAUCCAUUUGGAAUGGACAUCUGCUGCCGGAAGGGGUCAAGAAGCCCAUUGCAAGAGCUCUACAAUCCAACCCAGUUGGAAUUGUCCAACACGGCAAUCCUUCACCAGAUCCGGAGGGAUCAAGUCACAGACACAUGCCGAGCUAACAGCAUGUCCAGCAGGAAGCGUCGUGUGCUGACACCCAAUGACCUCAAACAUUUGGUGGUGGAUGAAGAUCAUGAAUUGAUAUACUGCUAUGUACCCAAAGUGGCCUGUACCAACUGGAAGAGAGUGAUGAUGGUCUUGACUGGUAGGGGCAAAUACAGCGAUCCCAUGGAGAUACCAGCAAAUGAAGCACAUGUCUCAUCAAACUUGAAGACACUCAACCAGUACAGCAUCCCAGAAAUCAACCACCGCUUGAAAAACUACAUGAAGUUCCUGUUUGUCCGCGAGCCUUUUGAGAGGCUUGUGUCAGCCUACAGAAACAAAUUCACCCAGAAGUACAACACCUCUUUCCACAAGAGAUAUGGUACCAAAAUUGUGAAACGCCAAAGGAAAAAUGCUACCCAGGAGGCCCUGCAUAAAGGCGAUGAUGUGAAAUUUGAGGAGUUUGUGGCUUAUCUCAUAGACCCACACACUCAAAGGGAAGAACCGUUCAAUGAACACUGGCAAACCGUCUACUCUCUCUGCCAUCCCUGCCACAUUCAUUAUGACCUCAUAGGGAAAUAUGAGACACUGGAAGAGGAUUCCAACUAUGUCCUUCAGCUUGCAGGAGUAGGCAGCUAUCUGAAGUUCCCCACCUAUGCAAAGUCUACAAGAACUACUGAUGAAAUGACCACAGAGUUCUUCCAGAACAUCAGCUCGGAGCACCAAACACAGCUGUAUGAAGUCUAUAAACUUGAUUUUUUAAUGUUCAAUUAUUCAAUGCCAAGCUACCUGAAAUUGGAAUGAGGCGGAGAGCCCCCAAGAGAGAAAUAUAAAACCUGUUUUAUUUAAUAUUUUUAUUAUUUGUCACAGUUACAUAUGAAGAAUGGGUUGUUUUGUAAGUUAAUAUUUUUGUUUCUUUUUGAAUGAUGCUGCGAGCAGCAUAGUCAAAAUUUAUUAUUUAAUUUGUCGGUAAGAAAGGACAGCUCUGUUUGCAGGGUAAGAAAACGGCGGCAACUGUAGCUCUAGAUGUGACUAGUUACUGCUAUGCUAUUUGGAAAAAAGAAAUGUCAUUUGGGUCCUGAUGAAUUUUCUUUUCUUUUGCAUUCUUCAUCAAUCCUAGUCUUUAUGUUAUUUAUGCUUAUUUAAAAACACAAUUGAUUUCAUGUUAGAAGCUGAAAUGCAACACUGUGUGGAUGAAGAAAAUGUUUCUUGUGCUCUCCUUCUGGGAAUUUGCCUAGGUUCCUAAUGACCCGUCAUUAAAGAAUGUUUAGUGAUGAA